CGCGUUAGUCUAAAACAAAUAUGGCCGCUACCAGCCGAUCCCGAAACGAACGAUCGACCGCACAUGAAUCGCUGAGACUCAAUGAGAGAACUGGCUGACUGAUGACUGAUGUUUUUAAGUUUUUACUGCAGACUUAUUGUUACUCCAUUCAGCUAUUACUGAAAUUCAUCACAACUUUUUUAAGACGAAGACAGAAUGGAAGAAUUUAAACCAUACCCUACCCAAGCCAUGGCCAGCCAAGCUGACAUGUCCCCGGCUCAGCUGAUGGUCAGCAGCAAUGAAGCACACCUCCCUGCUGACCGCCGGACACCGCUACAGCAGCAGGUCCGAAACAAGCCUGACUUCUCCACGUUUGACUCAGUCAAAGCGGUCCAGUACGGUGCCUUUGACCGGGUGAAAGAACUUGUUGAGAAUGGCCUGGAUGUACGGGAACCAGACAGGGAGAACGUAACAUUACUUCACUGGGCUGCAAUCAACAAUAGGCUGGAGAUUGCUAGAUACCUUAUCAACCGCGGAGCUGUGAUUGACCAGCUUGGCGGGGAGCUCAACUCCACGCCCCUCCACUGGGCGGCCAGGCAGGGGCACCUCCCCAUGGUGGUGCUGCUGAUCCAGUACGGAGCCGACCCUUCCUUGCGAGAUGGCGAGGGAGUGAGCGGGAUCCACCUGGCCUGUCAGUACGGCCACACGGCCAUCGUGGCCUACCUGGUAGCCAAGGGAGAGGACCCGAACUUGCUCGAUGGUAACGGGAUGUCCCCGCUCAUGUGGGCGUGUUACAGGACGUUCUCAGUUGAUCCCACCCGUCUCCUCUUGACGCUAGGAGCAAGCCCCAAUCUCCAGGACAAGCAUUAUCUCAACUCGGCACUGCACUGGGCAACGGCAGUGGGUAACACAGCAGCGGUCCAAACACUACUGCAGCAUGGCGCUGACAGCUUCGUUGAGAACAGCCGGCACGAGACGCCAUUAGACGUUGCAAUGUCACGUCGUAAUGGCUACAUCGCCAUGCGCAUCAGAGAGCAUCGUGGGGAAACACCCUAUGGCACAAAGAAAGGAAGCAAGGACUUGCGAAAGUACAUCAUGUGGGCCAUGCCAGCCAUGAUCCUGGUCAUGUUGGGGCUCAUCCCCGACUUUAGCGCUUCCUACAUCACCAAGAUUAUUCUGCUGGUGCUAAGCAUUGCCUUCAUCUACUUGUUGCUACGAUUUUUCGUUGAUAGUCGGGCAUCUCAGCUUUUUCCCAUUGCUCUGGCUGUAGCCACCAAGGUUCUGGUCAACUUCACCUACUUUGUCUACUUCUGGCCUUAUGUUAGCGAUUGGUGGAUGAGAGCAGGGUACAUUCUAGCUAUGGUGACCAUGUUGUACAGCUUCUGGAAAUGCUGGAGGUUCAAUGCGGGAAUCAUCAGGCACUCGCAGGAAGACCAGAAAAGGACGAUCUGUGAGAUGGCCGAGACGACAGGACUCGACCUGAGCAAAUUCUGCACGACUUGCUUGAUCAGGCGACCAAUCCGGUCCAAGCACUGCUCGUCAUGUGAUAAAUGCAUCUCAAGGUUCGACCAUCACUGUCCCUGGGUCGACAACUGCAUUGGUUCCUUGAAUCAUCGCUUCUUUAUCAUUUACCUGGGAUCUCUUCCUGUGGCCAGCCUCUUCUAUUUGAUCGGAAACGCAAUGUUCUGGGUGGAUUCUUGUCAGACUACAUUUGAAGAGAAUGGUGUUUGGAUUUACAUCGGUGAGGUCAUGUCUUGUUCCCCAUGGACCUUUGUGUUGAGCCUCCAAGUCUUCAUCUACAUGCUGUGGGUCGCCAUGCUAUUUGUGUGUCAGUUCUAUCAGGUAAUUUACUUGGGCGUGACCACCAAUGAACGCAUGAACCACACCCGGUAUGACUACUUCCGAGACCCCAAGGCACCCAAAGGUCCCUUCCGCGAUGAGAAGCUCUACAACCCAUUCAAUCGGGGUGUCCUGCGCAACUUUGUUGACUUCUUUGAGUGCACUUGCUUUGGUCUGUGCCGGCCAAUGAAAGUAGACUGGGCGGUCCAGUUCACGACUGAAGUCAACCAGUCAGGACUCAACAACUUUGUCAGCUCAAACAACCACUAUGUGUAGUCAGGGUACCCAAUGUAAAGUAUUCAUGUCGCUGCCCUGUAGCUAAGAAUAUUUCUUUCACCAGCAUUUCUGUCUUGUGAUUUUUUUUUAACUUCAUAAAGGUUUACAUCAGAUGUUGUCAUAACCCUUUCUUAAACAAGUAGUGAUAGAUGCGGUAUUUUUCCCAGAACUAACUUGGAACAACUCAACCACACAAGUUGCUUUUUGUAAGUCUGCUGGGCCGGGUUUCCAAAAUACAAGAGCUCUCGUCGGUGAAGUAAACACCUGUCGUUACUAUUACAUGACUCUUGUCUCUCUUUGUCAGGCUGUCCGGUUUGACAAAGACUAUGGUUUGUAAGACGUGAAGCCGUUACCAACCAGUCAGGACACAGUCUCGUACUCAUAGGGUAAUCUUUAGUCUGCAUCGCGGAAGCCAAGACACUAGCAAAGCAUGACUUUUUCACACAAUACUCUCUCUUGCAAGGUACCAUGUUUCAAUUCUAGCAAGCCAUAUUCUGGGGCCAUGUCAGGCUGUGAAGUACUGCUACAAGACACUUACUGGCAACACUUACAAUCAUGUCUGUAACUAGCAGCGAUUUGAAAUAUUACUGACUUUUCCUCUUUUUUUAAAUUCAGAUUUGAAAGUGUUGAAGAGAACAUGUUCAUGUCAAGGAACAAAUUAAGUGAAAUUUACAUUUUUAAAGUUGUUGCCCAGAAAACGAGUGGAUGUGUUUGAAUGUCAGACUUGAAGACAUUAAUGCUCGUGUAUUGUACAAAGUGAGUUACGUGCACAAUUCCCACAUCAUUAUUAUUGUUGGACGCAACACAGCUGGCUGCUUUUCCCGGCACGGUUUGAAAUAGCACAGAGCAGCUGCAAUGAAAAUCGCAGAAAUCUGCCGAUCCUAACUGGACCAUCUGACGAGAUCUAUUUGUGGAUAUGUAAAUAGUUGGCAGCAAUGAACGCAUGGAUUGUAAAUGCUUUAAUUACAUGCUGUGCCUAAAAUACAAAUAUNUACCGAAAUUAGUCCAUUUUGAUGACGUGUUGUGAUUGACAGUCAAGUCCUUUGCCCUUGAUAGACACACUUCUAUUUCCCUGCUGACUACUGAAAGUGUUCCCCGCACUGUUGCCCUGAAGUCAGAGGGAGCAAGAGCCUAUACUCAUGAGGAGUAACUAGUUCUGCCCGUAUUCUGUCCAGAUUAUCUAAGCAUUGUUAUGUUCAGUGUUGUUUUGGUAGCCUUCACGGACGUAUAUAGAAAAGAAAUUGGACUACCAAAGCCCUUAAUCAGCUUAUAGAGUUCAUUGAAUCCACUAGCGGCCAUUUUACCGAGCCGAAUAUAAAGCUUACCCGGCAAUGCCCGCCUUUAUUCUCCCUGGCAUCAAGCGAGCCAGCCCGCACAUUUGUAUUCGGCUCGGUAAAAUGGCCGCUGGUUGGCUUCUAUUUCAUACAAAGGAGUUGCAAGUCCAGGUUUUUUAUAUACGUCCGUGGUAAACUUGUGGAAUUAGUGACUAAAUAGUUGUACAUGUAAGGUCAUUCGGGUGUAUCUUUCUUUGUCAAAAGUGCAAUCAGCAUAGUGCCGUUUGAAAAUAAUUUAAUCGUACUUUCCACAAAAACUCGGCGUUUCUUACAGUUGAUAUUUGGAUGGAGUCAGCCGUUACCCAUUGUGCGGAAUCUCAAAUUCUGGAAUCAAUUUGACGAAGAACUCUUCACGUAGAUCUCUGAGUUAAAUGUUGUCUGAAUGCAGUGCAGAAAUUAAUAAAAAAAAACUAUUGAUUUAGUAGAAUGAUACCGACAGAAUACAGCUGGAACAGCUGCUAAACAUCCAAACUAAAUUAUUUGAAUUGCAUCAUUACACUGGCACAUAAUGAAUAAUGUUUUAAGAAAAUUGAUCUGUAGCAAUUUUGAUCACGUAAUUUAUCUUUCCUUUUUGUAGAAAUCAGUUUUUUUCUGAUACGCAGAAUUUAGUAGUGUGCACUGUGCCAUAGUAGGCCCCAAGUGUUCUUUUGUAAGAAUGACAGACAAGAAUGUUUAAUUAAACAUACCCCGAUUGGUGUACUGCA